UUAGGUUAGGUUCGGGACUAAUGGAGUAUUUGGUGAUGGUGUGUACAUGUGUUUACAUGUUUCCUAUUUAUAAACAUUAAACGUUGUCGAAGUGGUCACAAUGGACAAUUGUUAUCAAUGGUAUGGCGUUUGGCGGUUCAUUGUGUGGUACGGUACGAGUUUUUACCGUCUCGGGUGUGUUUUAAUUUAAAUUAAUUGUUCUUCGAUAAGUCGCGACUGCAUAUUUACAUUUAGAUAAAUUUUACCCGUUUCGACUAGACUUCGUAGUUCGUGAUAAUGACAGUGGCCACGUGUGACUUGUUUCAAAAGAAGGUUUCAAUCGGCUAUAACUUGAAAGUGCUCUCCUCCGCCUGGGCCGCUCUGGAAUCGAAAACAGCAAAGAACGAGGUAGAAGUGAACACCGUUAGUAGCGUUAGCAACAGCGGAAGCCCACAGCUGUGGUUCGCGCAGGUGGAGGCGCAAUUCCACAGCCUCCGCAUAAAGGCGAACAUCACGAAAUAUUUCACUGUCGUAGCGGCGUUGAAUUUUAGCGUAUUGCAACACGUUGCCGACAUCAUAGCAAAUCCCCCUGAAGGUAACAAAUACGACACAAUAAAGCAAAGCGGAAGCUCCUGAACGAACUGGAACUGAGAGAUAGGAAGCUCUCGUAAUUAUUACGGGAGAUGA